CUUCCACGGAACAACGACUCCAUGCGCUAGGAAAGUCGCCUGCGGACUCCGGCGAGCACCCCACGAACAAAUGUAAACAAGACGAGAAAACUCCGGUGAAGUGCGUUAAUUGCAACGGCAACCAUGUAGCCUUCAGCUGCAGUUGUCCAAAGAGACCAAAGGCUCCUUUUGCUUCGGAAGUGAUCGCCCCCAUCAGAAUCAUUGAUCCACUAACCCAAUCCAAGUACAAGAUAUCAUCCGAUGCGUCACCGUCAUCUUCCCAGAAGCACGUGCGCGAGUUCGUAGUGAGUUUCCUCCAGUGGUGUUCCGGUCUCUAGGCGAUCUCAACCAAUCUCAACGCACGUCGCACGGACUUCGGAGACCACAUGACCAACACCAACAGCAAGGUCCUUAAUAGGGCCCUGGAGGUCUUCUCUAUAACCCGGCUAGAAUUAAAGGAUCCAACCUUUAUCAACCACACCGGCAACUCAAUAAGCGACCUCAUUAUCAUCACGGACGACUUGGUAGACGAGUUCCAAUCGGUCGCAAUCAUCGGACCAUCAAUCGCAAGCGAUCACCUACCUGUAGUGGGAGUAGCCUCCGCUUCUAUGCUCACGCAUCGCCGGAGAUCGGUCAUGCACGCUGUGGCCAUCAUCAAUGCGAUGCUACGUCUCCAAAAGGCAUGGAAGAAAGCGGACAUAAUCCUCAUUCCAAAAACUGCAACGAGCGCCACUUUUCCCAGAAUUACCAUCCCAUCAGCCUGCUACCGGGUAUUGGGAAGGUUGCUGAAAAGGUGA